AUGUCGGACUUCAGGGGCCUAUUCCAGACGGUGACAGUCUUCGUCGCAUUUAUACUCACCCUCCUAUGUCUCUUCGCAGGCACGCAGAGAAACCUCCUCGAAGAUGUGGAUCUCUUGACGCUUUACACACCCACAGUAGGCACCGAAAGUGGAGCCCACGAUUUCUAUUCCAUCCACGUACUGUCCUACUGCCAGGGAACACUGGGCACAAUCGACCCCAGUGCAGAAGUCACGCGCAACGUGACCGAAUGCUCAAGCCGCACGAUCGUAUCUGCAUUUGACCCGACACAAGCCUGGCCGGAGGAGAUCACCUCCAGCAAGCAGCUGGGGUGGCCGCGCGUUAUCAGCGAUGACUUCCACGCCUUCAAAAUGACAAGUCAAGUCAUGGCCGUGAUGUACUGUAUCGGGGUUGGCGCGAUGGGUAUUGUCAUGCUUAUACGAGUAUGGACGACUCUCGCUCCGAAAGCAUGCCAGGGCCCAUGUGAAUUUUUGUUUUUCGUGCUCGGAUCUUUUAGCAUCAGCAUCGCAUCCAUAAUCGCAACGGUCAUCGCUUUUGAAUUCGUCGCUCUCAUUAAUGCCCACGGCAAGGGCUCGAACGUGUCAGCCCAUUACGGCGAGAAGUUCCUCGGGAUGACUUGGGCCGCGGUGGGGCUGUUGCUCGCCGGUAGCGUUGCUUGCUUUGCGAAUGCUUUUGUUAACAAACGGGCUGCGUAUGCGCCUGCGCCAGUCUCAAAGGAUAUAGAGGGGUAA